AUGUUCACAUCCGUUCACCCAACACAAACAACACCCCAACCGGUGGGCCUCAGAAGAAUGGGGGCCACCAAACGCAUCACGGUGCUCCCCGAUCAUAAGGAGCAACAGAUUGUUCAAGAAUUACCUAGGAUGUCUGCGAAUACGCCAGACGGCGCAUAUGGUUGCACUUCUAUGGGAGGUUGCCUUUCAUGCAUCCUGGGAGAGAAUCUUUGGGCCGUUGGGUACUGCGUCGAGCUGGUUCUAAUAGCGGCAUUCCUACAGAAGUUUUACCCCAUUGGAGCAGUAUUUACGACUUUUUUUCGGGAGGAGCCGUUAAGCGGGAAGAAGAGUGCCAACCUCUCCCCGUCACAUCCACCCCCCAACGCCAACGAGCUACAGGAACUUCUCCUGCUGCAGCUCAGCGCGGCCUGUUUGCUGUACUUGCGGGCCAUUACAUCGUCCCCUUAA